AUCCGUUGUGUUUCUAUUGAUUAUUUAUGAACAGAAACUACUUGUUCCUGUCACUUCAGGUGUGACGGGCUUGGAUGACCAUAUUAGGAACACGGAACCUGCGCACCUGUAAGCUGACGUCAUGUGCUGAAAGUACCUGAAACAGCGCUUUGCAGAGUCGAUUCUCAGUUACAGAAAAUACCUUCAGGGGACAACAGGAAGACGUCAAGAAGCGAGUUCGAAGAGGAAUAUAUUUAGAAUUCUUUUCGUUUUUGGCUGUAUACUUGAGAGGAAUACUAAAAAUACAACUUAGACAAAUGGGGACCGCAUUGUUCGCGGUUUUUGGUGCUUUAAUCGUCGUUUUCCAGGUCUCAGCACUAGAGAUAGCUAACAGGCCAACAUGUGUGCCUGGAUUUGAGUCAGAGCUGCUGAUUUUCAGAGUGUCCAGGGAACGUCUGAGGCAGGGCAUGAGGCUGGGCAAAGUGGGCUUCACUGACUGCACAGAGCGCACAGUAUUUCUUUUCAGCACUGAUGACAGUCACUUUACUGUGAAGGCAGAUGGUACAUUAACGGUAAACAGAGAGGUUGUUCUUCAUAAAGGACACCAGAACUUCUUCAUCCACUCCUGGGACUCUCAAGGUCACAAAAUAACAGUUCCAGUCAGUGUCGUUCACCCUGAGCAUCACCAUAGACAUCACCAUGGAAAGCACCACCAUGGAGAUCACACAAACUUCAACAUUCAGCAUCACAGUACUGAAGUGGACUCUAUUAACCACACAGAGAAUGCCACUGAGCCACAAGUGCCCGUUCUGCAAUUUUCCAAGUCUGGUGGAGGGCUGAGGAGGAGGAAAAGGGACUGGGUUAUUCCUCCACUCAAUGUUCCUGAGAAUCAGAGAGGAACCUAUCCCCUGAAAGUAGCUCAGAUCCGCUCUAAUGAAGAUAAAGCAAGGAAGCUCUUUUACAGCAUCACUGGUCCUGGAGCUGAUCUGCCUCCUGUUGAUCGUUUCAGAAUGGACAAACAGACUGGCAAUCUGUAUGUAACACAACCACUCGACAGAGAGGAAACGGCCAGUUACACGUUUCUAGCACAUGCUGUGGCUGAUGGAGCAGGACAAGCUGAGGAUCCCAUGGAGAUUAUAGUCAAUGUGAUCGACCAGAACGACAACAAACCUUAUUUUACGGUGGAGUACAACGCAAAUGUUGCUGAGGCCACGGCCAUCGACACAGAGGUGGUUAAAGUUGAGGCCAAAGAUGAUGAUGAGCCAGAUAAUCUCAACUCAGACAUCCGCUAUCGUAUUCUGAACCAGGACCCACCGCUGCCCACUGACCACAUGUUUGAAAUCAACCCAGUUACUGGAAGCAUCAGAGUCACUGAUAGAGGAUUAGACAGAGAGAAAUAUCCACAGUACACUCUGACAGUACAAGCAGCAGAUAUGGCGGGAGAAGGGUUAACUGGACAAACAAAAGUCAUCCUCACGGUGACGGACAGCAAUGACAACGCUCCAGUCUUCACUCAGAGCUUAUAUACUGCAACAGUUGAUGAAAACAAAAAGGAUGUUGAGGUGGUUAGGAUGAUUGUAACAGAUGAGGAUGAACCACAAACUCCAGCCUGGAACGCCAAGUUCAAGAUCGUCAGUGGUGAUCCUGAUGGACUUUUCACAGUAAAAACAGGAACUAACAAACAGGAAGGAAUCCUUUCUACUGCAAAGGGACUGGACUUUGAGAGGGCCAGCAAGCACACUCUGUUGAUUUCAGUGGAGAAUGAGAUUCCUUUUGCUCCUGGUGUUUCUGUGGUCACUUCUACCGCCACGGUGGUGGUAAAUGUGAAGGAUGUGAACGAAGCUCCAAUAUUUGAUCCAAAGGAGAAGCUUGUGGUAAAACCAGAGGACCUUGCUGUGGAUGAAGUCGUGGUACAGUACACUGCUUCAGACCCAGACACUGCACGCAAGCAGACAGUCUCGUACAAAAUAUUGACUGACCCUGCAGGCUGGCUGAACGUGGACAAGGACACAGGCCUUAUUAAAGUGAGAAGACUCAUGGACAGAGAGGCUACCUUCGUCACAAACAACAGAUACACUGCAACCAUUGGUGCAUAUGAUAAUGAUGCUGUCCCAGCUACAGGAACUGGUACCCUGAUCAUUCAGCUGGAAGAUGUCAAUGACAAUGCUCCUGUCGUUAAGCCGCAUGACAUUAAGGUGUGCAACAAGGAUCCAGCUCCUCAGCUGCUGUCAGUAACAGAUGAAGAUGGACCAGAAUUUGGACCUCCCUACUCAGUGUCUUUACAGGGCAUCUCAAAGACCAACUGGACCGCUAGGAUGAACGACUCCAGAACAGGCAUCAUCUUGAAUUUGGCCACUGAGCUGCCCAGUGGAGAGUACAGUGUUAUACUGAGAGUGGGAGACAAACAUGGCUUGGAGCAGGACAGCAUCAUCACAGCUAAAGUGUGUGACUGUAGGGGCGCAGAAGCGGCAUGCCAAGAUUACCGUGCUGCAGGUGGCAGCAACCUGCCCCUUAUCCUCGGAAUACUUGGAGCCAUCCUGCUGCUCGCGCUGUUGCUGCUAGUGCUGCUGUUUGCAAAACAGAGGAAAAAGGAGAAAAAGGAGCCACUCCUGCUGGAUGAUGGUGUCAGAGACAACGUCUAUUACUAUGAUGAAGAAGGAGGUGGCGAGGACGAUCAGGACUAUGACCUGAGUGUUCUCCACCGUGGUCUGGACAACCGGCCGGAUGUGUUAAGGAAUGAAGUGGUGCCAAACUUCAUGCCUGCUCCUCAGUACCGGCCACGGCCUGCCAACCCCGAGGAGAUUGGCAACUUCAUUGAAGAUAAUCUGAAGGCUGCCGACAACGACCCAACAGCACCCCCUUAUGACUCCCUGCUGGUGUUUGACUAUGAGGGAGGUGGUUCUGAUGCAGGAAGUCUCUCCUCUUUGAACUCUUCAAGCAGUGGAGACCAGAACUAUGACUGCCUCAAUGAAUGGGGCCCUCGCUUCAAGAAACUGGCCGACAUGUACGGAGGAGGAGAUGAUGACGAUAUGCUGUAAUCAUACCAUAUCGCAUGGCUGCAUGUUUAAUUUGUAAAGGCAAGCCAGAAAGGGACUUUCAACUACACAUUUUGGUUUUUGUUUUUUUGUUUUUUUAUAGAUAUAUAUGUGCAUUGUGGUUUGCCUUCUCACUGCAAUCCCGUUAGCAGUUAUCGCCCACUGCUCGGAAGCCAAAGGAUGAGUUUUUGUUUUGUUAUGAAUGCAUUAGGCUCUGUCUGCUUUUUGUUAUUUGUUUCUUUUUGGGUUUUUUGUUGUUGUUGUUUUUAACAUCUGUUUGACCUUCAGCCUGAAGACUAAUACCUUGUUACUUAUUCUGUUGAAUAAGUGCUGAAGCCACAGUGAACACUUCUGUGUAGGUUACUGGGCGACACCUGAGACACUCUGAGGCUCGUCAGUCACACUGGGAAAUGUGUUGCUUUAUUCUAUAGCAUUUGUACCGAUGGUCUCCAUUUGUUUAAAAAGUAAAAUUUGAAAUGAUUAGGAUGAAAUCCAGGUAUUUGCCAGUACCUCGUCAGCCUUUGACAGUGUGCUCAGUGAGUUAUGAAUACUUUUUAAAUUGUUUCCUAGGGAUCUGUUCAUGUCUUUUAUUACAAUGAUUUGUCAAAAACGAAAUCUUUGAGAUACUUUGUGAAAUUAGCUUUGUUCUUUAUAAAAUUGUAUUAAGACAACAGUG